CGCCUUCUGACUUUUCCUACUCUGCUGUUCAAAUAUCAGAUGCCACCUCCUCUGGUUCUGACUCAAGGGGCUGCCGGGACAGCCACAGGCCUGAGAGACUGCAGACGACCUACUCUUCCUCAUCCUUCCAGGCACCACCCCAGCAAAGGGCAAAGGAGUUCCUUCCUUUACUAACCAGCCAGCUGGCCUCAGACAGCUCGGAGCUCUUAGCUGAAACAGACCCUCCCACCUUCCUUCCUUGGAGGGCAGCAGGGGUCCCAGGUUUCUGGGGACUUGGGCUGUCUUUGCUCCUCCCCUGUGGGGCAGAGCCUAGUGGGGGCCAGUGCAUUAGUACAGUGAUGUCAUAGUUGAACAAUUUCACUUUCCUUUUUCUCCUCUUUGGAGGGCUCUGAAGGAGUUCUCUCUGGGCUUCCCAGAGACUCAGAGCCGGGUUCAGUCUGCCCUGAGCCAAGUUCAGGGUCCCUUGGGGUCUGCGUAGGGGAUGGCAGGAGGAGACAAUGGACUCAGCAGCAGGAUGAUCCCAGAAAACCAGAAUGGAGAGGAGUCAGAUGACUAUCAGCUAAUGUUCAAGCUCUUCAAAGAAAACAAGGUGGAGAUUGCAAGUGCCAUCACCAAGCUAUUUCCUUUCCUUAUGAGCCUUCGAGACCGAGACUUUAUCUCAGAGCAGAAGUAUCAGGAAUGUCAAGAAACAUGUAAGAACCUGGUUCCAGUGGACAGAGUGGUGUAUGACAUCCUCAGUGACAUACAGAAGAAGUUUAGCCGGGAUCUUCUGAAAGUGAUAUUCAGCAACGUGCAUCUGAAGGCCUACCCUGACUUACAGGAGAUUCUAAAACACUUCCUAAGUGUUUCUGAAAAUCACAGGACUCUACAGAGGAUAAAUGGAAGAGAUGUUGAAGAGGGGCCCAGACUGCCAGCUGUCGUUAGGGAAGCAUCCUACAGUCCUGGAAAUAUACAAACGAGUGCUGAACAAGCAGAGGAGGUGCCCAGCCUUCCACAGUGCAAUGGAGGAGAUGAGCGAGACUUCAGUUGCCGGUCAGCUGAGGGAAGGAGUUCUCCUGAACAAAUGUGUGAUGGACAAGAGCCUCAGGACAACCUGCCCUCCUCCCUGAGAUGUGAAGCAGCAUCCUACAGUCCUGGAAAUACAGAAAUGAGUGCUGAACAGGCAGAGGAGGUGCCCAGCCUUCCACAGUGCAAUGGAGGAGAUGAGCGAGACUUCAGUUGCCGGUCAGCUGAGGGAAGGAGUUCUCCUGAACAAAUGUGUGAUGGACAAGAGCCUCAGGACAAUCUGCCCUCCUCCCUGAGAUGUGAAGCAGCAUCCUGUAGUCCUGGAAACACACAAACAAGCGCUGAACAAGCAGAGGAGGCGCCCAGCCUUCCACAGUGCAAUGGAAGAGAGGGAAGUAGCUCUUGUGAACAAAUGUGUGAUGGACCAGAUCCCCAGGAUGAACUGUCCUCAUCACUGAGACGUGACACAGGAGCACAGCAAGCCACAAGUGAAGAGAGGUGUUCCUGUGUCAUGUGUUCCCCAACAUAUGUGCCAGAAGACCUAGAAGCAAGGAUGGGAAGCAGUCAAGGAGCCAUGGACACUGGGAGGAAAAUUCCUGCAGGAAAAUCCAAGAAGAGAAGAAAAAAGAAAGGUUACAACUGGUCAAAACCAAAGCGGAGGAAGCCAAUGAUUGUAUGGAGAAAAUAUGGCAGAAGAGCCGUUGCCCAGGCAGUUUUCAGGAGAAAGAAAAUGAAGAACCCAGGACUCUCUGCUAAGAUCAGGGGUCCAAGAAGGCACAGGAAGGAAAUGGCCAAUUUUAACGCCGAGUUGCUACCUGUGACGUGUGGUAACUUGAAGGGAGUAUUACACAAGGAUAAAUUCAAACAAGGGAUAUCUGUGAUGUCUAUACAGUGCCAGGAUGGGAAGUGGGUCACACCCUCUGAAUUUGAAAUCAUGGGAGGCCAUGGAAGAUCAAAGAACUGGAAAUUGAGUCUGCGGUGCUAUAAUUGGCCCCUGAAAUUUCUGAUCCAGAGAAAUUUUCUACCCAUUCCUCCACGGAUAUAUGGCAAGAGAAAAAAGAACUCAGAUGAGUGUGAGGUGUGCCGGGAUGGAGGAACGCUCUUCUGCUGUGAUACAUGUUCCAGAGCCUUCCAUGAAGAGUGUCAUAUCCCAGCAGUGGAAGCUGAGAUAACACCAUGGAGUUGCAUCUUCUGUAGGAUGCAGUCCUUAGGAAGUCAACAGAGUCUUCCAGAAUCUGAGAUACUGCAGAGGGAGAUGGUGCCCCAGGAACAGUUGAAGUGUGAGUAUGUUCUCUUGAGAGUCUAUUGCUGUUCUGAGAGCUCCUUUUUUUCCAAGAUGCCAUAUUAUUAUUAUUUUAGAGAGAUGGCUGUGGGCGUGCAAGAGCCUAUGUGGUUGGACAUAAUCAAGAGAAAGCUGAGUGAUCAGGCUUACUCCCAAGUAGAAGACUUCGUGCAGGACAUGAGGCUCAUCUUCCGGAAUCACAGAAUCACGUUCAAGGACCCUAAGUUUGGUGAAAUGGGACUCAUACUGGAGUCCAAGUUUGAGAAGAGUUUCAAGGAAGUGUUUGCUAUUCAAGGAAGAAGUGAAAAGAGUUGACUGAUGUCACAGAUCCCACUGGUGUCCUGGCAUCAUCUUCUCAUCUAUCCAUGCCUGCCCACCUACAGCAACAAUGACUGUUCUCUACAGACCCCAUCGUUCCCAGAGGAUUGCUCUGGGUCACAUAGAGACAGGUGCAUCUGGGACCCCCUGGCCUGAGGUCCGUCCUCCUCU